AAGAUGGAUCAAAAUGAGGUGGGGAUAUGUGCAUUGGGCAAUCACUUGCUGUGUAGCCGGAGAAGGCGAAGUCAAAUAUUGAAAUUUUUCGAGAGCUUAUUCAUGAAGUUACCCCUCUGACAUCAAGAAUGGACAUAAGUUAACAAUGACGGGAGAAAAGAAGAAGAAGAAGCGGCUGAACCGCAGCAUUCUUCUGGCUAAGAAAAUUAUUAUAAAAGAUGGAGGCAGUCCCCAGGGGAUGGGUGAGCCCAGCGUCUACCAUGCUGUGGUGGUGAUCUUCCUGGAGUUCUUUGCCUGGGGUCUGCUCACCACGCCCAUGCUCACGGUCUUACAUCAAACAUUCCCUCAACACACGUUCCUGAUGAAUGGCCUUAUUCACGGUGUCAAGGGUAUUUUGUCGUUCCUGAGUGCUCCUCUGAUUGGUGCGCUAUCAGACGUAUGGGGGAGGAAGUCCUUCCUGCUGCUAACAGUCUUCUUCACCUGCGCCCCCAUCCCCCUGAUGAAGAUCAGCCCAUGGUGGUACUUUGCGGUCAUUUCCAUGUCCGGUGUGUUUGCCGUCACCUUCUCUGUGAUCUUUGCGUAUGUGGCAGACAUCACGGCAGAACACGAUAGGAGCACAGCCUAUGGUUUGGUGUCCGCUACCUUUGCAGCCAGCUUGGUGACGAGCCCGGCCAUUGGAGCGUACCUGUCGGUGACUUACGGUGACACCCUGGUAGUGAUCCUGGCUACGGCCAUCGCCCUGCUGGACAUAAUUUUCAUCCUGGUGGUCGUCCCCGAGUCACUGCCCGAGAAGAUGAGACCGGCCUCCUGGGGAGCACCCAUCUCCUGGGAGCAGGCUGACCCCUUCGCUUCCCUGCGGAAGGUGGGCCAGGAUUCCACGGUGCUUCUCAUCUGCAUCACGGUGUUCCUGUCUUACCUACCUGAGGCCGGACAAUACUCCAGUUUCUUUCUCUAUCUCAGACAGGUGCAAAGGUUCAGUUCAGAGACAGUAGCAGCCUUCAUAGCUGUGGUGGGAAUCCUCUCAAUUGUUGCUCAGACGGUGGUUCUGGGGAUCCUGAUGCGCUCCAUAGGGAAUAAGAACACCAUCCUACUGGGCCUGGGCUUCCAGAUACUACAGCUGGCCUGGUACGGCUUCGGAUCUCAACCAUGGAUGAUGUGGGCAGCAGGAGCGGUAGCGGCUAUGUCUAGCAUCACAUUCCCAGCCGUCAGUGCCAUCGUGUCCCGCAACGCAGACCCCGACCAGCAGGGUGUUGUCCAAGGGGUGAUAACAGGUAUCCGUGGUCUGUGUAACGGUCUGGGCCCAGCCUUCUAUGGCUUUAUAUUCUACCUGUUCCAUGUGGAGCUGACUGAUCUGGACGCUGUAGACAGCCAUGGGAAAGAAACCAAACCUAACAUGGCCAACCCUGCUGACGAGAGUUCCAUCAUCCCCGGCCCUCCCUUCCUGUUCGGAGCAUGCUCCGUACUACUCGCUCUGUUAGUAGCCCUGUUCAUCCCAGAGCACAGUGGCCCGGGGGUCCGGCUGGGAGGCUACAAGAAACACAGCAACGGGGCCCAGAGCCACUCACACAGCCCUCCCAGUAGCGGGGCCGAGGGCAAGGAUCCGCUACUGGAUGGCAGCUGUGUAUAACACCAGCCUGGGGGCACAUACACCACACCAGCUCCCCCCUGAGCCCGAACAAGUGAACCGUUAUGAAACAAACCGUUAUUCUAACACUUUCACACGCGUAUCCAGAUGAGUGGCCUCUUCUACGGGCAGGGAAGACCUGAACACCUCGUGGGCUGUCAUUUAUCUGAAGCACCGGAGUUGUAACGGUGUGGUGUGAAGAGUUACGAAAGGCCCUGAAAGGGAUGGAGAGAGAGAGAGAGGACGGGUAGCGCUGUGGAUUGGUGUUCUGUUGGGAGAGACUUGGUUGAGCUGAUCUCUGCCCUGAGCAGGAAGUGAGGCAGGAAGAGGAUAAAGGAGGUGGGGAUGUAGAGGUCCUGCCAGAGAGCCAUGCAGCACAUGGAUGGGAUCUGGUUGGGGUGAAGGUUCAAGGCUAUCUGAACUGUUACUAAGCUCUGUGUGAUGAUGGAUUUGUCCCAAAUGGCACCCUAGUCCCUAUAUAGUGCACUUCUUUUGACCAGGGCCCACUAGGGAAUAGGGUACCAUUUAGCCAAGCAGCCCACUCUGACAACAACUGUUUUUUUGUCCCUGGGAGAGUAAGUCACCAACAAAGUUCUGCUGGCCAGUUUACAAGCUAACAAACUUCUGUUGUGACUGAUUUUAUUGUCUUAAUAUGGAAGAAGAGUAAGCAGGUCUUCCUCUGUGUGUGUCCAAAGCUGGGCGAGAAGCUACUGGAUGCUUCCCAAAUCGUACCCUGUUCCCUUCAUAGUGCACUACUUUUGGCCAAAGGCUCCAUUUGGGAGGCAAACACCGUAGAACAUGAGGAGAGUGGAGCCUCUGAAGAUCCAUCUAAGAACCACUACCCAUCCAGAUGGGGACAGCGCAGUAGACUUCAACCUAGAACGAUUUUAUAGAGGGACUUGAACAAAACAUUUGACCAACCAACCUCCAUUCCAUUGAAUAUCACACUUAACUGAGAGUAGUGUUUAAAGAGACGCACCACUUUUUUUAGUUUUUCAAUGUUUACCUUCCUGUCAUCCGAUACAUUAGACUAGCAGACAGUACAGGACAGUUUGGGUUGGAUAUUUUUCCUCUGUUCAUCACACACUUAAGGCUAAUUGUGCUUGAGGUUGUUAUUCCAGAUAAAUGUUGCCUUGAAGUGACAUUGUCGUCAUAUUAAUAUAUUACAACAACCUGUAUGAAGACUGUUGCCUGACCGUCUGAGGUGGGUCUGUAAUUGUUGCUAUCGCUGCUGUUGGAGCCUUAAGUCAUUUUAGUCUUGUUUUCUAAUUCUACUCUCCUCACAACCCUCUUCUAUGUGAAUCUAGCUAGACACAACCAUAGUUAACACACAGACUGGCAUGACUGUAGUUCAGUUAACAACUUGCCCAUAGACUGCUUCUGGUUCUUUAUUCACAAAGUGUCUCAGAGUAGGAGUGCUGAUUUAGGAUCAGUUUUGCCUGUUAGAUCAUAGUGAAUCAGAUGAUAUGGUCGGGGGACAACCUGAUCCUAGUAUUCCUACUAUAAGAUAUGCUUUGUGAGUAAAAGUGUCCUGAUCUGUAAUGUUGGUAUCAAUGUGAGCGCUGAUAUUGUUAAUAAAAACGGCCUGUAAUAAUAUUAUUAGGUUCAGUAAAAAUUUAAUAUCAUUUGUUGUUCUGCGGUAGGACAGUAAAGGUUAAAUGUUGUGUGGUAUUAGAAGAGGCUGCAGAUGUGGUUUUAGCUCCCGUCCGACUUUCAUUGCAAAGGUGUUGCAGAUACUACUAGAAAUCUUUGCUGUUGUACUUUUUGAAACAAUAUAUUUUUUUUAUGUACCGGUAAAUGAGCCUCAAGUGCAUUGAAAUAACCAAAUAGAACCGAUUUGGUGUCAAAAUGUUGGACAUUUUAUCAGAAUUUCAAUUUAGUCCAAUUAUUUCAUUUUUGUGUGCCAUGUUUGUUUUUUUUGUUAAUUUGUUUGAGUACUUUAACUUUGGUGGGGGUUUUUGUCAGAAUUUUUUUGUCAAAGUUUAAUUGCUAUUUUGAAUAGCUUUUAACAUUUAGACGUUCCAUUUUUUUUAUUUGUGGAUUUCAUGACGACGUUUUGGGGAUUGGUUGAAUGUUCAGCUUAGCAAUUAAAAAAAACAUUUCUCAAUGGUCA